CUCUCUAUCCCUUCACAGGUUUUCACCGGUGCGGCGACGUGUUUCUACGCCUUCAUCGGCUUCGACAUAAUAGCCACCACCGGCGAGGAGGCGACGAAUCCGAAGAGGAGUAUCCCCCUCGCCAUAGUCUCGUCGUUGAUCAUAAUUCUCGUCGCUUACGUCACCAGCAGCAUGGUCUUGACACUGAUUGUUCCGUAUGAUCAGGUCGAUCAGGAUUCGGCGUUGGUGGAGAUGUUCGGCCAAGUCGGGGCCUACAAGUGCAAGUACAUCGUCGCGAUCGGUGCGCUGGCGGGCCUGACGGUCUCCAUGUUCGGCAGCAUGUUUCCGAUGCCUAGAAUAGUCUACGCGAUGGCUCAGGAUGGCCUUAUAUUUCGGAGCCUCAGCCAAGUUUGGCCGGCGACUGGCACUCCCGCAAUUGCGACUCUAACUUCCGGUAUAUGUGCCGCUUUCGCUGCGCUACUGAUUCAACUGGAGGUGUUGGUGGAGAUGAUGUCGAUCGGUACCCUGUUGGCGUACACCCUGGUGUCCACGUGCGUGCUGAUAUUGCGGUACCAGCCGCAUUCGACGAAUCUGAUCGAAUUGCUGCCGCAGAGUCUGCGGACGCCGUGUCGAUCGCCCACGAAGGAGACGCAGGGGAACGGCCAAGUGACUUACGGCAAGGAGCUCAGGCCCGAUCAGCUUGCGACCGCGUUGAACUCGGUACAGACGUCCCAGUCGGAGCUUACGACCACCAACAACGGCCAGCGUAUCACGGUGCGGCGGGUGAGGAGGGCCAACAGCUCGUCGCCGGAUUCGGACGACACGUACGGCGGCGAGGAGGACGAGGUCGGAUUGGGUAAGGACGAUCAGUAUCUCGUCAGCGACAGAACGGAGAACAAAUUCUACGGCAGCGUGCACGCGGCCGCGGCCGCCUCGAGUUGCGGUAGCGCUCAUCAGUAUCCCGGAAACACGCCGAUCAUAGGGCCACCGUUGAAUUAUCUACAGCGUCGGCUGCAGGCGGCGCAAUACCUUUGUCCUGCAAUAUUCCCGUGGGUGGACAGAGGUCCUGCGACAGAGGCGUCAGGACGUUACGUCAUGAAGCUCGUUGGGAUCUUAUAUUUCUUGAUCCUUAUUUUUGACUUGAUUAUCGUCUGUGGGAUGGGUAACAUGGGAACAUUUACAACGAUACUACUAUUUUUAUUUUUCUUUGCCAUAAUCGGUAUACUUCUCGUCAUCAGUAGAAAGCCGCAAAAUAGGAGCAGCGUAAUGUUCAUGACUCCAGGCUUACCCUUCGUUCCCGCCAUCGCCGUUACCGUCAACAUUUAUCUCAUCUUCAAGCUCAGUAUCCUCACCCUUGUUAGGUUUACAGUCUGGAUGACUCUCGGUUUCAUCAUGUACUUCCAGUACGGUAUCAAGAACAGUAGUCUGGAGGAGGCAAACGCGUCGGAGAACGUCGACGAUAUCGUCGUCGGCGGCACGGCCGGCAACAUCGAGCUGACCGUGACCGAUCAUCACCGGCAGCAGCAGAAGCAGUACACGCCGGACCGCAGCAUCUACGAGGGCCAGCAGCUGGACGCGUUCGGCCAGCCGGUGUUCGGCAGCACAAACUUCGGCGGCACGCCGAACCAGCAGCAGCACAUCAGCAUCGGCGGUCAUCAGCAGAGACAAGCGGGGACGGCGGAGAGCGGCCGCCGCAUCGACCAAACCGCGUCAACGACGGGCAAGCACCUGUUCAUCGAUCAGGAUAGCUUCCCCUCCUGGGACGAUUGAGGAGCACCGCGCGCGGUACCGAGAACGGAUAUUAAUGUAUACUUAACACACGAGUAGGGAGGGGAAGAGAGUUAUUAUUACCACAUACACCUGACGACACGUUUGCGCGCGCGCGUGCGACUGGCAUCGGAUGAUUACCAGUGAAAUCAGACUCCUCGGGGAUCGCGGCGGUUUUGAAUUCAAACUUGGAGGAGAAGUUCUUUCGGCGCGCGACAAGCUGUCGACGAUUAUCGAGAGUUCAAUACGCUAAAAAAGAUUAUUUUAAGAAACUUUCGAUAGAUUAUCGGAAAUUAAAUUCGUAUAAAAAGACAAAGAAUAAGUUGAACUGCAGUUGAAAUUAAUCGCCGAUUUUUUAGGCUUUUUUCAGACUCCCAUAUAAUUUUUUUACAAGGAAACUUGCUUCAGAAUCAACUGUAAUAUUUUUUUGUAAUUGCGCUCCUUUCUUUGGAGGUUUAUUAUUCUUGUACAUUUUUCAUUUCUAAGUUUUAAUUUUACGAGAGUUUGCGCUCGUUGAUACAGUUAUAAACUGACUAUAAGAAAUAAGUCGGUCACUUUGAAGAUUCCGUUGACGCUUGAUCGUCCGCUGGAAAGUUUUAUCUUUUCUUACGAAGUGUAAUGCGCGACGUCGGAGACGUGGAGAUCGUCGGGGAGAAAUUUAGUCGGUGACGUAAACGAGAAGACCAAGAACCGCGAUACUCCAGGGGUCGGACUUGUUGACUACUUGGGACGAAUGUAGCAAAUAAUUUUGCGGCAAUAUUUAUUAUCCUAGUUGUAUAGUACCGUCGUUGACGAGGUCACAGGCGAAAAAAAGGAUUAAGGGGUGGAAACGGGACAACGGGUUAAGAGAGCAAGGGCUGCGGGAAGAGAACGAAAGGAAAGUGGGAGGGGAGACGCAAGAAGAAAGAUGAAGAGACCAUUACCAUUAUUAGUAUAAGGCGAAACUUGUGUUUUCCAAGAGAGCGCUCUAACUGCUAAUAUAAGUUCAAAUUUAUCGCUAGUCUGCGAAUGGGAAACGAGUGCGAGAUGAGAAUGAGGUGUGUCGUCGGAGCGAGAGGACGAAUGAGAAACAGAAGUGAGAAUGAGAAAGAGAGAGAGAGAGAAAGAGAGAAAGUAGAAGAAAGAGCGAGGCGUGCCUGAGAAAAUAAUGAAUAAGAAAAGAGUGUGUGUGUGAGAGAGAAAGAAUCCGUAGAAAAGAAUACUUUAAUGAAAAAAAGGAAAAAAACAAGAAAAACGUCAUCUUUUGCCUAACUUUAGUCUUUCCCAAAAAGAAGAAAAAAAAAGAAGUUUAGUCUAACAUAUUAUAAUCGUAUAUCUAAGCUUACUACAAUACUUACAUACGUCUUACCUCGAGUAAAUUCUUUGAUUAUUAAUUUACACGCAAUUUGUAUAAAUUAUCUAGAAUUUAAGCGCGCGUCGCCUCCCAAAGAAGGAUUGAGAGCGAGUACGAUUAAUUAAGCUCGCUGCAGAGAAGAUUAGAUGUAUCGAAAAAUAUCGGGUGGGGAUUUACUUUCCGAAAUCGCGAAAAAUUUUGAUCUCGUCUCCGUUAAUUGGCACCUAUUCUCCUGCCUCUGUUUAUUACAAGGAUCAGGAAAAUCAAUUUCUCGUUCGGAGUCGAGAUACGUAUCGGGAUAAAUUUCGAAGAGAACAGAAGGAAGAACAGAGGCUGUGGAUGGUUUAGUUUUCGAAGAAACGAGUUCUCCUCUCGAUCGACUUUACAAUUCGUCCAAUUUCUUGCGGGAUUAAGAAUAUCGGUGGUAGACGGGAGACGACGCGAGAUAAGAUUUCGUUUUCGUGUACAUAUCUCUUCGGUGUUUCGAGACAAACCGUUUCUCCGUACGUACGUGCACAAGUCCAUUGUGCUUCUCUGUCCGCUAGUGUGUUCCGCGCGAUGAAUCGAGGAUAGCCUUCGAUACUCCCGAGUAAUUACGGUCGGGGGGAUGCGCGACCGCGUGUCUCCGAUACGAGCGAGAAUGUUAUGCCGUUGAGCGCGUCGCCGCGAUUACUUAUUCACAACCACGAGUGCAGCUCCAAUUAGCCCGAGUCGAGAUAAUCCAAGACAACCGAGAGUACGUGCUGUAUACCGAGGCUGAUCCUCGCUUUAAUCUCUCGAUUUCCUUUGUUAAUACCUAUCGACGACAUCUCUCGUUCGCGUUAUUAAAUUCCGAGAGAUCAAUCGCGACGAUCGACCGUCUCGCCAAGUAAUCUGCGAGAUAUUCCAAGGAGACACGACAUGCGACCGUGAUAAAAUGCGAAAAAAGCCAUAACGCGGAAUGCUUAUCGAUUGCGCAUUGCGGGGCAAUCAAGUAAAUGCGCGACCAGAAGUCGCUUGUACACGUGCUUUGACUCAAAUAACUUUCAUUAUUUCGAGAUCGGGGGUUUUUUUUUCUUCACGAGAAACAUCCGAAGCCACGCAGGUAUUCUCAUUUUUCGUCGUUUCGCUCGUAACGGAGACAUGCGUCGUUGCAUACUAUUCGACAUUCGAUCGUGCAUCUUCCAGGCGAGCGUCGAUGGCGUCGUCGCGACGCGUCGAUCGCUCGAACGUUUUGGACGGGCGUAGGUCGUUGGCAGGUACGACGACCGCUCCCCGCGAUCGCUUUCGCGAAACAUUUCUUCUCGUGUCUGUAUUUACUUUCGUCCAGCUGCUCCGCCACUUUUACUACUUCGUUAGGCUCGCGUCCGCAUCUCCGUGUGCGGAAAUCGUCCCGCGGCUCUUGAGUCGCCCAACAUACCGCGUCCCUUUCCCACGUGAACGGCAAAUUCGACGACGAGGCGAUGAUAGGGAGGGCUCAGAGUGCUGACGAUCGACAAAUUACGAUACGAAUAAAAAGUUGAUUCGACCAUAUUACUGAUAAUUAAAUUAUUGAAAAACGAGACGUCGUUCGAUGUUUGA